UACGUAAUAGCUUAGGCUACUUGUUUAUUUAUUUAAUAGGCUAUAUAAGUGCUAAAUGUGAACUUAUUUGGGAAUCUGUAUGAAAUAGUAGGCCUAUUGUUACUGAUAAAUAUAUAGGCUAUAUUUUUUAUUUAUAUUUAACAUCAGUAUAAAAUCUUGUCAAUGUUUAUGGCAAAAUACAUAUUUUGUUUACGUGGUUCUUGCUUGUAUGGUCUACUCUUGUGCUUAAAUAAGUGCAAUAAAUAAACUAGACAUUGUUGACAUUAUUUGGAAGCAGCUGGCUAUAUGUAAAACUAAAUCUUUAGUAGGCUACAACCGUGUUGUGCGUGAAAGAUUUCGAUGACUUUUACUCUCACGGGCUUUGAAGUGAAACGUAGUGCGGCCUAAAUACGGGACUUUCUUAUGGCUGAGACGUCUCGAUACUUAACUAAAGAUAUGCUAAUGUAAUUGGGUUUUUGUUGCUGUUGUUGUUGUUGUUGUUGUUGUUUUGCACAAAACUGUAUUACCUACCUAUGCCUAUAACUGUUUGUCUGAAAGAUACAGAUUAGCCGAGAAAAAAAAAAGACUAAAAUGUGUCAAAAAUAUUAGAUAUCGGGUUUCUUCUUUGCGGCGUGAACUGUCAUCUCGUUGAGGUGCGUGUCGAAAUGUAAAGAUAAGAAGAAAAAGAACACGUCCAGCGAAUGACUUGAUGAGGAAAGGGAAGUUCGUGUCAGGGAGAGAGAGAGGGGGAUCAAGGCAUUUCCCGGAUGCCAAAUCAAAACGAAAAAUUCCUGAUGAACUUCUUAGUUCAAGUGUGUAAUUUGUGCGAACAACAGGCUGCAGUUAUAAGGCAUUGUUAAAAAGUUAUCGUUUGUCGGUUUUCUAAUGAGCUUUACGUUUGUUUCUUGUUGGGAAAAUCACGUCGAGGCGAAGGAAAAUGUGUAAAUGUUCGCGUGCAGUUUGAAUUAAAAGGGUAAAUCAACAACCGCGGUUUUGUGUGUUGCAUAACUGUUAUUUAAGUUUUAUUUGAUCUCAAUGUCAAGUUUGUAUUGUUCGAGUACGGAGACAACAGCUCGUCUCACGGGAAGUCAGGUCUGCCGGCCACACCUCAUACACAGUCCCGGGAUUCCUUGGCUGGACAGCGGCAAGGCAGCGCUCUCCGCCGCCCACCACAACGCCUGGGCGGUCAGUCACUUCAGCAAGCCUGGCCUGCACCCCGCCAGCGCCGGUUACCCGUGCAGCAGCAGCUCCAGCACCGCUCCCGUCUCCUCCCUCACAUCCGCAACCCACUCCAGUCCACAUCCCCUCUACAAUUUCCCUCCAACCCCACCGAAAGACGUCUCACCGGACCCCGGCCCUUCUUCUCCGACCUCCACCACUGUAAGAAUGGAUGAAAAGGACUCCAUCAAGUACCAAGUGUCCAUCGCUGAUGGGAUGAAAAUGGAGGGAUGUAGUCCUCUUCGGGGAAGCCUGGCUAUGAGCGCCCAAACACCGUCCACGCACCAUCCCAUCCCAACCUACCCAACGUACUCUCUUCCCGCGCCACACGAGUACGGCGGGGGUCUGUUUCAUCCUGGUACCCUCCUCAGUGGAUCCGCUUCAAGCUUCACACCCAAAUGCAAAAGCAAGACGCGGUCGUGCUCAGAAUUCUGCACAGAGGGGCGUGAAUGUGUGAACUGCGGAGCCACCUCCACCCCGCUGUGGCGGCGGGACGGAACGGGCCACUACCUCUGCAACGCGUGCGGCCUGUACCACAAGAUGAACGGCCAGAACCGACCCCUUAUCAAGCCAAAGCGCAGACUGUCUGCUGCGAGGCGAGCUGGCACCUGCUGCGCGAACUGCCAGACAACCACGACCACUCUGUGGCGGCGCAACGGGAACGGUGACCCGGUGUGCAACGCCUGCGGGCUCUACUACAAACUCCACAACGUCAACAGGCCACUGACCAUGAAAAAAGAGGGCAUCCAAACACGCAACCGAAAGAUGUCCAGCAAGUCCAAGAGGUGUAAACGAUCUGGCGAGUGUUUCGAGGAGCUCUCCAAGUGCAUGCAGGACAAGACCUCUCCGUUUGGCAGCGCCAGUGCUCUGGCAAGCCACAUGCCACACAUGGGCCACCUGCCACCGUUCAGCCAUUCUGGACACAUGCUGCCCACUCCGACUCCCAUUCACCCCACAUUCAGCCACCCUCACCAUUCCAGCCGCUCUCCCGCCUGGGCCGAACCUCACUGAAGACCCACGCUCGCUCGCAUCCCCUCGACAGGGGCUUUGCGUUAGCUCCUCCAUACUGAAAAUCUCCACGCACCUCCCUGCCCUCCCGUAAAGAAAUCUUCCUCAGAUGAGGGACGUGAAGGGGUUCGUUUCGGGUUCGUUUCCUGCUUGGACACUGUCGAGGAAGGUGUCAUCUCAUCAACAACCACGUCAGCUUGUAUAGAGGACGGUUUGCGUGUUUAAGAAGCACCUCUCCCUUCUAGACACUGAGGACCUUCACAGACAGAGCAGAGGGAGAGAGAGCUAUCUUUGCUUUUAGUUUUUGUUACGUUUUACUGAGUCACUUUGGUACUGUCCUGAAAGAGAGGAUGUGUCUUUGCAGAUUCACUGUGUGGCAGUUCCUUCUCAGAAACUCUCUAGUUUAAGGACUCGCUCUGACUCUCUGCGUACAUGACGAGUCAAAGAAAGAGAGACAGAGAGAGAGAAGACCACUAAGUUUAUCCCCUCCUAACAUGCUGGAAUACACCCCCCUCGGGCAUGAUUCCCUCUGAAUGGACUCUAUGGAUACGACAUACAGUACAAGCAAAGAAAUGUUUAUAAAGGUUAAUUGUUAUUAUAGUUAUUGUUAUUAUGAUAAUUUAUUUUCACUCUUUAUCUCUUAAUUUCGCUUUCCUCAGAACACAUUGUUAUAUAAUAAAUAUUAUUUGAUUGUUAUUGAUUAAAAAAAACAAAAAAACACUGACCUAUCCUAGCCAAGGUGAUGUUGCUGAGCUGUACGUUUUUAUCAUUUUCCAUUACACAAAUAAAGGAAAUAAAGUUUUAAUACUUCA